CGAUCGGUUGCGAGGAACGAUUAUCGAUUCACCAAGUGCGGACGACCGAGCUAUGGAUCAAUUAACGAUCGUUCCCAUGACACAUCCACGUAAUGACGUUCGAAACUGUGCGAAACGUCGCUGAGAUUUACGCAGGUACAUCACCACCUCUGAGUCAUCUGUAAUCGAUCGAUUUAAGGAAUUUAAGGAACAAUCGUCAAUGAAGACUCGAUUGUAACUAAAAUUAGUUUGUGUUGAUUUUGAAGAUCGUCCUGGCCGUCACUGAUGUUUUAGACAUUUUUCAAUACAAUUCGCUCGAGUCAGUGUCUGAAGCAGGGAUCGUUAUAUUGCUCAAGUGACCCAUAGAUUCGGUUAGAAUCCAGCAGUGUCGACAUCGCAAGGACAUAAUCUCACCGGAAAGUAUGUGUUAAAGAUCUACGGUGGUCGCAGGAUAUGGCAGCUAUGCAUUACAACGCGCAGAUGGUCUCAGAAGACUUGCAUCAGCACCCGCGACAUCUCUACAACCUUCAACAAAGACUUCAGGAUCCCGGAUCUUCGCCAAGAUCGGAGGAUGCCAGAUCGCCGCUGGACAGCCGAGUGAGAUCGCUCGAGGAAGUGCGUUUCGUGGGUGCUAGAUCACCAGACGUGGAAGACAGAGUAAUCAGAUAUCACGAGGAUGCCGGAAGUAAACGUUUCUCCAAAGAUCACGCGGGUCCUGUGUUUUUCCAGGAUUCGGAGAACUCUUCCAGGAAGUGUUUUAGCGAUGAAAUAGCGACAAAUCGUUGUCGCGAGCCGGAAAGCUCUCCUGGAAGGACGUCCUCGCCGCAAAAUUACAUCCUCAGCUCAUCCAAUCAGCACAAUAGCUCCAUCGGCAAGACGUCUUUCUGCAUCGAUGCGCUUCUGGGUCGCGCUACGAAGCAGAAUGAGAUCGAACAAUCGUCGGCGGAUCGGCAGAAAUCGUUCUCCAGAAAUCACGGUGUCCAAUCCGAUGGUCUGAAUCUUGGCGGCAUUCAGGAACGGGAAUCUCCCACCGCUAUAAGAUGCUCUGGAGAUCAACGAACCGCCUUGAGAAAUUCUCUAAAUCCUUUCGUUCAACAUCACGAAUCCGAUUCGCCCGGUCUGGAAGCUCGAGAGAGACACCCCUCGAAUCGCGAGACCGUUCUCGGUCUCCAUUCAGGCGAUUCCGGCGUGUCUGUCCAAAGGGGCCAGUUCAGGCCCGAGACGGGGACCAGCAACUAUCGGAACGACCGGCUCGAGAACGUCGAGGACGACACGUCGGUUGACGUGGACCCGACGCGAACCGGAAGCGCCAGUCCCGGGAGUAACGCGAGUCGCAGUCCUACUUCCAGUCCUCCGAUAUCUCCCGGCUCGGAGGAUCCGUCCAGUAACGGGGUGCUGAGCCAUCAGAGCCUCGCGUCCGGGCCCUACGGCGUAGGCGCGGCGGUGGUCAGGCAGAAUCAGGGCCUCCUACUGCAUCCCGCGGGACCACUCAUCCAUCCCGGUGGAUUGUACUAUCAUCCGGCUGGCGGCAGCGCCUUCCACUCGAUACACAAGGAGGGUCAGCCGGUCGGCCAUCCCCAAUCCGGAGGGCCUCAUCCUCAGCAGCAUCACAUCCAUCCACUCCAGCUUGAGUGGUUCGCCCGGACCGGCAUGUUAUACCCGAGACUUCCCGCGGAUUUGGCCGGUUGCGCGGCGCAACAUGCGUUGCUGGGCAAAACCAGAAGGCCUAGGACCGCCUUUACAUCCCAGCAGCUCCUCGAAUUGGAGAAGCAAUUCCGACAGAACAAGUACCUCAGCAGACCGAAGAGGUUCGAGGUCGCGACGUCGCUGAUGCUCACGGAAACGCAGGUGAAGAUCUGGUUUCAAAAUCGCCGAAUGAAGUGGAAGCGCAGCAAGAAGGCGCAGCAGGAGGCUCGUACGAGCGGAAAGGUCGAGGAGGCCGGUAGCGCGAGAAGUGCCGAUAGGGACACUGGAAGUGACGUCAGCGUGAAUGCGCCUGAAACACCGGAGGAAUCCAGAGGAACGCUCCAGGAAAGUCAGAGAACUGGAACGGACCUCCAGGAGCCUUUGUACCGGCCUUACGUGGUCUAAGAGACGAAGGCAUUUCACUCUUGGGGGACCAACAUUUUUUUAUCGAAAGUGCGCGAAGAAAGAGCCAACAAUGUUUUAUUCGCGCGAGCUUCUUCGCAGACAUUUCUGCCGCUCGUUUUAUUUUAUACACAAUUAUUGCGAAAUAGAUUACGGUAUAUCUUAUUUAAAUGUUAUUAAUUUAAUUAAGAGGCAAACAGAAUGUGAGAAAAAGAUAUAUUUCUCUUGACAUGUUAAGAGUAAAACAAAUUGUUGGUCCCCCAGCGGUCAAGAAGAUGUGAAUUACCACCAGGCUGAUUGUUUCUUGGAAAAUUAAGUUGUUAAUUUAGAGAAACGAUUGUUUCGGAGCCAAGAGUGCGAAUCUAAAGAUUCGAUUAAUAGAACUAAGUUCUGCUUGUUAAUUCGACUGCGUGAUUGUUCCUGUGUAGAUACUUUUAUAGUAAAAAGCGAAAGUAUCCCGCUUACUACCAGACAUUGAAACCGGCACGAUUUUGAUUUUUCGUCGGUAAAGUGCGGCUUGCGUCCAUCUAUCGUCGCGAACGAACACGAAAAUUAUUUUCGUGUGCAUCAAAAUCAUUAAAAUUACAUCGGUUUCGAUGAAUUUCGAUCUCUGCUUAUUAUUGAACGCGGUUUUCUACCAAAAAAAAACCAGAAACAGAUCGAUCUCUCGUGUGUAUAUAUCUCACCUCUAUAAUUUACUAUAUCACAAAUUCUGAUGUAAAUAAGUGCGAACGAGACGAUGUUCACGAGCGCGAUCAUUAACGAUACCUCGCUUGUUAAUCACACGGUUAUUAGAUACACGAGCGUCACUGCUGAUUCUAGAGAAGCGUCUUGCUCAAACCUGCGGGAUAUUGGUUUUAUAAUCGAAUUAUAUCUUUUUAUUGCCUGCCGGAGAGAAGGCGGACAAUAAUCGCGUUUAGAGCAACUGGAAGAUCUACGCGCCGCGAUCGUGCGAUUUAACGAUACGCACGUGACAGCAAAGAUCUACUUUCGGGUCUACGAAGCCUCGAUACGGAUACCAUUUAAUAUAAAUUCAUCGUGUAUAUAGACAUGACUAGAUACUAUUUAUUCUGUGUUCGCUCGGCUUGUAAGAUAGAAGAGACGCCAGGCAGACGCUGGAAUCGCGACGUUGUUAAUAUAAAACGGUGUAAAGAGAAAACAGGAUGGUAGGAUCGUUCUCCUGUCCAGGGGUACAGACGUUACUCGAGUACUGUCCCAUACGAGUGCGCGUGCGGGCGAGAAGCAUGUAUUUAUGGCAUACGAUGUGAGUGUAAAUAUUAUCCGCAUAGGUUCUAAGUUAGUGAAUGCGAUGCAGAUACACGGUAUGGUAAUAUCGCGAGAAGUUCCU